GCAGUCUCUUAUCGUCUUCUUGUGACAAAUUGAUAGAAUAUUACCUGUUAUCUGUGUUGAGUCGUGGUAGAACAUAUAUACAUUGUUGAUGGGCCUCAAUGCCAGUUAUCUCCCCCACAAAUGACAUCCAUGGAAUACUUUCUGCUGUGGAGUUAUGCUGAAUCUAUCUGUCAGUCAAACGUGGGUUUAUCAAGAGACGUGUCACUUUGAAUCAAGCCGCCGGUGAAAAACGACAGCAUCUUGCAACUGUGUCUUCCAUACUGCAGAUGAUAGUGAUGAUGAUGAGCUGUGUGAUCUAAUGUGAGAUUGUGACAUCAGGCAACAUUUCUUCAUAUUGUGAUUACAAAGGACAAAACUGAUUCAAAUUGGACCUGACAGUUAUAAACAAUCGUACAUUUCAUAUCAAUUUGCAGGAACUACAUUCGCUUCAUGUAGGCCUCUUUAGAGUCGGACAUGAUGCUAUUCUGGAACUUUGGAAAAUAAGUUUAUGUUUAUUGGAAUGAACUUUCCUGCUCCCAUCCUGCCCUUUGUGGGGAACUUUUCAUCUUGAAUUCUGUCAAAUGUCGCUGUCAGGGGCAGCUGGUCUUGUCUGGAAAAUGAAAGAGUCUAAACCCUCUUCUAAGUGCAGUAACCGCAUCUCGUGUUUGCUCUAUUGUAUUUGAAGGAAAAAUUAUCCUAACUGGCCACCUGGCUGCUCGCGCCGAAUGUCAAGACUUUGAAUCUUGUCCGAGUUUGACAUCUCCAUCUACCCUCAGCCAGACAUCUUCAUUUUGAAUAGCCCAAGCCAAAGACAGACAGAGAGGAAAGCACUUUUACUUGCAAGUCUUCAGUUGGACGUCUGGAGGUUGCCGGACAUACACGUUUCAGCAUUCAAGCUAGCAUUGUUUGUGGGGUUGAUGUAAAUGAAAAUCUGUUGAGCCUGUCAAACAGUUGAACUGACUUGACUCUACCAUGGAGAUUACAGGAAUCUAUCGAUGGAUUAUUGUCCAUCUCUUACUAGUCCACACAUUCUAUCCUCCUGUGCUUUCAGAUAGUACCACGCCCCCUCCUGGUACCCCAUAUAUCGCCAUUGAUGCGCCCAUGAAUAAUGAGACGGUGAUACCGGGAGAUUCUGUCACCCUCAACUGCAGGAUACGAGGGUACCCCAAACCUACUUACUGGUGGUAUAGGAACGAUGCCAUCAUCAGGGACGACAUCGGGAGGAACGUUGUCAGGGAGUUUAAGGGCGGAUCAACGCUUACGAUUAAUAAUGUCGGUACGCUGGAUACGGGAUCGUACAAGUGCAUAGCUGCGAAUGAUAACGGGACCAAGUCGGUGCAGGGAUCGAUCACUCUGAAUGCAAAUUCACCUACAUACAGUGAGAGUAGUGUCAGUGAUUACUUAGAUGAGAUGAGUGUGGAUGAGCCUCAAUGUGAGCCCUACAGAGGCAGCGUAUGCAGUCCGCACAUAGCUAACAGUCAGGUCUACAUCCCGGCUGGACAAACCCAAGCAGACAUCGAGGCUGCUCUAGGUGCUGCCAUUCAACAGAUCAACAACGAUCUACCGAUCACACUCAACCAACGCUGCACCAAGUACCUCAAGCCAUCCAUGUGCCUCACAGCCUUCCCACUCUGCAGAGAGCGCCCUCGCUUGGCCGUUCAUAGGAUGUGCUAUGAUGAGUGUCGUCUGCUAACCACCGAGAUCUGCUCCUCUCUGGUGGACUAUGUGGACGCUCAGCCGGAGCUGGGGCUCGUCGAUAUGUUGCCAAUUUGCACAGAUUUGCCGCUGCCUGGGGCCGUUGCCGGCGCCAACUCUGAGAAUUCAUGCCUCAGAAUGGGCAUGUCAGAAAGUGGAGUUGCCACAAUCACCCCGUUUGGAGUCCCAACAGCUCGUUAUUUCAUCAUCAUGGAAAGACCUAUGAACAACGAGACCGAACUCCACACCGGUGACAAAGCUACGCUGAGGUGUCGCAUCAUCGGGGAUCCCACGCCUCAUUAUAAGUGGUAUAAGAACGACGCCCUUCUCACCGAGGAGCGUAGAGACCGGAGGAUAACAACCAAGGAGUAUGAAUGGGGUUCAAAACUCAGUAUCAGGAACGUAGAUACCACCGAUACAGGGUACUACAAGUGCGUGGCAGAGAACAGGGCUGGUGUGAGAUCUACCAUGGGUAUUCUCUUUGCUAGGAUUGCAAGUGAAACUACUCGGCCUGUAGCUGCUAUUCCAUCUCAAGGUUACUGUCAGCCAUAUCGAGGGAUGACAUGCUCCAACUUCAUCAGCAACCACUCCAUCUACGUGACCGACUUCCAAGCUCAGAAGCUCAUCGAUGAACGCCUGACCCAAGCCUUCCUGCUGAUGGCCCGUGACCUCAGCCCGCAGUGUCAGCAGUACGCCAUCCCCUCCCUCUGUUUCUUCGCGUUCCCGUUCUGCGACGAGACGAGGCAGGAGCCUCGCGGGAGGGAGCUCUGCAGGGACGAGUGUGAGAUCCUGGAGCAGGAUAUCUGCAAGACGGAGUACCAGAUCGCCAAGGAGAUGCCCAAUGUGAUCUUACCGGAUUGCUCGAGGUUACCAGCUAUCGGUACCAAUGCAAACGCUAACUGCAUACGUGUGGGCCUACCAGAUGUCGCCGCAGUCACAGAUCACAAGUGUUACAACGAUACAGGAGAAGAUUACCGAGGCAGAAUCAACACAACCAAAUCAGGAUUUGCCUGUCAGUCGUGGGAUAAGCAAGAGCCCCAUGAGCAUGCCCUGUGGCCUUCUCACUACCGAGAACUUGCUGGAGGUCAUAACUUCUGCCGUAACCCUGGCAACGGUCUGGACAAACCCUGGUGCUUCACGACCAACCCGGACGUCAGGGCAGAGAAGUGUGACAUUCCCAGAUGUGAUGAGCUGACUGGAAGUGGAGUGGUCAGCAGACCCACUAUCCUCUACAUCAUUGUUCCCGCGGUAACGGUCAUCGUUGUCAUCCUCCUCAUCUGUGGGUGCGUGUGCUUCUGUUGGAGACAGACCAAGUCUCAGCGCUAUGGGGGCGUGGCUAGCAGGACCAGGCCUAGUGAGGUGGUGGCCCUACAACAGAAACUACAGGUAAAGGAGAUUCCAUUGGCAGCCAUCAAGUUCAGUGAGGCCCUUGGGGAUGGCACGUUUGGCAAGGUAUGGCGAGGAGAGCUGAUGGGUCUAAACAACCAGUACAGCUGUACAUCCAUCGUCAUCAAGACAUUGGACAAGGAAGCGAGCCCCGCCCUUCAGCAGGACUAUCGUAACGAGACCAGUGUGAUGGCGUCCCUCAACCAUCCCAACAUCAUCACUCUCUUAGGGGUCUGCACCAAGGAGAAGCCCAACUGUAUGCUGUUUGAGUUCCUACCUCAUGGUGAUCUGCAUGAAUUCCUAGUCAGGCACUCUCCUAAUUCAGACGUUGGCUUCGGGAGCGGAGACGACGACACCCAGUCCUCCUUGGAUGCCUCAGAUUUCUUGAACAUCGCCAUCCAGAUCGUAUCUGGCAUGGAUUAUCUCUCUAGCAGGCAUUUUGUCCAUAGGGACCUUGCUGCUAGGAACUGCAUGGUUGGCGAGCACCAUCAGAUUAAGAUCACUGAUUUUGGUCUGGCAAGGGAUAUUUAUUCAGGGGAUUACUAUAGGAUGCCCUCGCAGGCCGUUCUGCCAAUCCGCUGGAUGUCUCCGGAAGCUAUCAUGUUCGGUCGCUUCACGGUGGAGAGCGAUAUCUGGUCCUUUGGUGUGGUGUUAUGGGAGAUUUACUCGUACGGCUUGCAACCGUUCUAUGGUUAUAACAAUAAUGAGGUGAUAGAGAUGAUCCGAACCCGUCACAUCCUGCCCAGCCCUAGCGGUUGCCCUCAGUACAUCUAUGCACUCAUGACAGAAUGCUGGAGUGAAAUACCUGCUAGGAGACCUCCUUUCAAGGUCAUCUCCACACGCCUCCGAGCAUUAGACACUGUACCUAUGCACACGCAAAACGGUAACAUAUACGGCAACCCCGCCGCGAACUUUAACCCCCAGUACAGCGGGCUGUACUCUCCGCAAACGCACUGCAGCUCCGAGGGCAAGAAAAGUCACGGGUCGUCGGGGGGCAGCAGACACUCUCAACCCAAAAUGGGUCUCGCUGACAAAGCCAUGUCGGAGACCUCUAGCUCAUCACAUCAUACAAGAUCAACAGGACAUGGUAAAUCAGAAAAGGUGGAACAAACCGCUGUAUAAUAACCACUUAUGUUGUCUCUUUAUUAUAUAUGCACUUGUAUAAAGUUGUACUGGAAUACACAGUAAUUGUAACUCUCUCGUAAUGCUUUGGUCUAGAAUUGUCUCUAUAUUGCAAUGUGUGAAGGCUAGAAAAUAAGUUCUGCAAGUAGUUUUUCUAACGACAAAGAAAUUAAAAAAUUGUAUAUUUGUGUGAAUGCACUAGCAUACUUGUAGGUAAAUAGAGCUGAUAUUUGCUUCCUUGUGGCUUCAUGAUGUACUUAAGCAAAGGCAAAACCAAAGAAUAUUAUCCUAUGCUUAUAUUAAACUUUGCAACUCCGUCCUUCAUUUUGUACUUGUUUUCAACCGAGUAUUCCCCCUCAGUAUGCUAUAUCAUGUAGAUACAAGUCAGGUAUUCAAACUAUGCACUGUAUUGAAAGGAUUCAGUUAUACUUCAUAAUUUUACAAUUUAUUUAUUGAAUUUGAUCAUUUGCUUGUGAUCAACAUAGAUCCUUUUCAAGUGAGCAUUGAUAACGAUUCAAACCCCCUAAGAAGUAUUCGCGAUGUAAUGUCUGGUCAUAGAUUAUCAUUUUUUUGUGGAUAACUAUUCAGAAAAAUCAAUUGAUAUAUACACCACGUAUUUCUGACCACUCAAAAAACUUGAAAAGUAAAGCAUAUAAUUAUCAUUGAAUAAUCUUGGUUUAUACAUCUAUCUAGAACUGAAUUUCUUAAAUGCUCUAACAAGGGAAUGUCCCUUUUCCCUAUAAAGUUUGUAGGUCUAACAGUUUGUAAAAAAAUAUUUUGCAAUUGAAAAUUUGUACAUGCAUAUUUAAACCAAAAUCCUAUAAAAAUCAUGUUUAUAAUCCACUGUAACAUUGCUACAGAGAAAUUCCAGUUAGUUAUAAUGUAAGGGAGUGAUCUGAUAGAGAGAGCAGGAAAUCUAAGCUGCCGAAUUCCUUCUAAAAGCACACCAGAAAAUAUAUUCAUAGAUGUAGACUAGAUUAUUGGUGUGGAUGUACUAACAAUCAACUUCUUAAAACCCUCAAAGCUUUUCUAACUUUGUCGGUUUCCAGGUGUGAUUCACAUUUGCCAAAAAAUGAACUCAGUUUUUCUCAUCAGUUUUCUUCAACCAAGAAAAGUAUGAAUAAAUCUUGUUUGAUUUGAUUUGCCAAAUUGUAUAUAGAGCUUUUAAAACUAAUGUGGUAGUUAUUCUCACAUUUUAUUUUUAAUUUGAUUUUUCAUUAUAAUACAGAAUAUAAAUGACUGUAAUUUCAUUUAUGAUUGUUUAAUUUUUUAACAGAGUAGAAACAGAGUUGUCAAUGGACUUUUAUGACGCCUACAUGGAGUAUUAAUAAGAAGGUUUAAUUUUCUUUUUCGCAAAAUUAGGUUUACAAAGCAACAUUUCUAAACAGUACAGGCCAUUCUCUCUAUAUGAGAUCAUUCAGGCUUCACUAUCAUCAAGAAUGUUUUUUUUAAAUUCAUUAAAAUGUUUGAUUACGUAUUCAUAGCAAGAAUCUUGAUGGACUAAAACUGAUUUGUCGGCCAGAAGAGUUUCCUAUUUUUUUAAAAGGUGCAAAAUUCCUGAUUUUACGGAUUGACUCAUGGUGCCCCGCAAUGUGUUUAUUUUGCCAAAAAUGUUAUAUCUUUAUAUUUGUAGAUUUGCUACUUUAGUUAGCUGUAUGCCAAGGUUUAUUAGAAUCAUGAACUCAGUAAAGUGACUGGAAAAUUUGCCAAAUAUGCUUUUUAUAUAAACUCAUCCUUUUCCUGUGAAGAAAAUGUUUAGGUUAAUGCUCUGUUUAGGUUGUUACAGGGUCAACUCUAAAAAUAGUCACACACAGAUUAUAGGGAUGCCAACCUGACCUCAUUCU